AUGCGCUUCGAGGCGACCGAGUUGGGCCGUGUCGCCAAUGCGGCAGUCCGUUCCACGAGAGCAACAUUGAAGAGAGCGCCACAACCUUUCAUUCCCGUCCCCUCGAGAUGCAAGAACACGGCAUCGGCGAGUCUCGUGUCUUCAUUCCAGAGCCUUGGCUUGGGCGGCGCCCAGAUGCGUUAUGCAUCAGCCUGGACAGCACCUCGAUCAGGCAGAGCAAAUUAUGGCGAUGAAUCAAACAUUGCCAAGCCCAAGACCACUAUUUCGCCGCAAGCAUUCCGCUCUGCCAAACCUGAACUGCCAGACCCCGACACCACCAAGCCCGAGCCUACAAUUGACAACGAGGACAUGGUAAAGGACGUUUCGUUUGGUCUGGGAGACUUGUCAAACAGCAAAUACUGGUCCGAGGACAGGUCACAAAUUACCGCCAAGUACCCCAGCAUUCGCUGUGUUGCGCGGACUGGCCGCACAAUUCAGAUUGGCAAGGGAUACGAUGCUUCUAGGGCGUUCAGGAUGCUGGGCAUGCAAGUCGCUUCCAACAGGGUCAGGCAGGAUGAGAGGCUACAAAGGUACCACGAACGUCCCGGUUUGAAGAGAAAGAGACUCAAGUCUGAGCGGUGGAGGAAGAGGUUCAAGAAGGCAUUCCGGUCGACAUGUGCGCGUGUGGAGGAGCUCAGACGACAAGGAUGGUAG